GGCACGCUGAAGUCAACCCACCGCCGUGACGUAGCGGGAUCAGCCUGAAAGCCACGUAGCGAGCUAACAUCGCUAGCUGUGUAGAUAGCGUCAGUGAAAGUCACGAUGGACCUGCCACAUCACGGGUACCGAGCAACUAAACAGAGAGCUCGUGCAGCUCCCCCAACAGCAGAUUCUGUCCUGUUUGAAGACACCAGCUCUGCAGCACCAGCAAUGAACACUCAAGGAUAUUACACUCCAGGGUACAAUGUGGGAGUGCCUCCAAAUGACAUGCAAGGAGGUACUGGGGCGGACAAUCUCUUUACGGACCCAAUGGCCAACGCUGCAAUGAUGUACGGCUCCUCAUUAGCCAACCAAGGAAAGGAUAUGGUCAACAAAGAGCUCAGCAGAUUUAUGGCUGUGAACAAGCUGAAAUACUUCUUCGCUGUCGACACCAGAUAUGUAAUGAAGAAACUAAUGAUCCUCAUGUUCCCUUAUACGCAUCAGGAUUGGGAAGUUCGGUAUCACCGGGACACUCCAUUGCCUCCUAGACAGGAUGUAAAUGCACCUGAUCUUUACAUACCAACGAUGGCUUUCAUCACCUACAUUUUACUCGCUGGAAUAGCUCUUGGCAUUCAAAAGAGGUUCAGUCCAGAGGUUCUUGGACUGUGUGCCAGCACUGCCCUCGUGUGGAUGAUCAUCGAGGUGUUGGUGAUGUUGUUGAGUUUGUACCUCCUGACGGUACACAGCGACCUCACCACCUUUGACCUUAUUGCCUACAGCGGUUACAAAUAUGUUGGGAUGAUCUUCACAGUGUUGAGUGGCUUACUGUUUGGCAGUGAUGGUUACUAUGUGGCCCUUGCCUGGUCCUCUUGUGCACUUGUGGUCUUCAUUGUGCGAUCUCUGAAAAUGAAGAUCCUUACCUCUCUCUCCUCGGACUCCAUGGGGACUGGAUCAAGUGCCAAACCUCAAUUUCGCCUUUAUAUCACUGUGGCUACUGCAAUCUUUCAGCCAAUCAUCAUAUACUGGUUAACCUCUCACUUGGUCAGGUGACCGAGAAGAAUUUAACAACCUGAAGUCCAAGUCAAGUGUGUUGGACCUACACAAUUUGUUUUUUGAGUGAUUGUACACCUGUCUUUAUAUGGUCUUUUGUCAGUAAACUCAAACACAUAGUCUGUUUUAAACUACUGUUUGAGCCAAGAAGUGUGACACAGAAAAUGUCUCUUUGGAAGACUUGUUUUCCACCAUGAGUGUACAGUAACACAGACAAAUGCUUAUUUUUGGCCCCUUACUUGAGAAACAAGGGCUGUCAUCAUGAAAGUUUUUCAAAUCAAGACUCUGAUUCAGUUCAAGAUUCGUUUUUAUAUAAUGUCCAUGGACAUGCUUUCCAGUAUUUCCAAAGACAACAAUUUACAUUACACCAGUGAUUCAAGUGCCACUUUUCUGGUUUGGUAAUGUUGCAUUAUACCCUUUUCUCUUGUGAGUCCAGGAUUUUAUUUAUCUACAUUUGACAAAGCAUGAACAUGUUUGGAUUUUUUUUGUAGAAAAAAUAAAUAUAUUUAGCUUUGUGCA